AACAAAUUUUAGUUCGUUCUGAGCAGGAUGACACAAGAAAGAACCUUGCCUACCCUGAAUGUGUCCAGGACGGCCGGCGAAAUUAAGUGCAAUUUGAGCGCCAAAGGGACAAUCCUCGUCUCGAGCCGGUUUGCGUCAAAUCGGGUGGCCUACACACCGCUCUUUUUCAAAAAGACGUUUCGCACCCUUCUCUAAUAAUCUGUCAAGUCGUUGCAGUUGUCAUAUAUCGUCGCACAAAAUGACUGCGGCCGAGGCCAACGUUGUCGUGCAGGAAAAAGAGGGUGAGAAAAAAGAUGUCCAAAACACUGAAGCGUCCGAAAAUCAGAAAUCCGUCACCGGAGCCGAGGCCGGCGAUAAUCAUGAGAUUAGUGACAAUAAGUCUAAAAAACAGGCAAAAGACUCCGACCCCGCUGAGAAAGACGGUAAAGAACCAACGGCAGAAUCUCCAGCUACGGAUGACGCCAAGGAUUGUGCUACAACAACACCAAGAACAGACAAGUCGCCGGUUGAUGAAACUGCCCCAGAGAAAAAAACGGAAGAUAAAACGGAAACUUCAAGCGAAAGCAAGACCGAAACUAAAGAGUCAACAGAUCCGGCAGUGGAAGCAAAGCUGUGUUUAAUUCAGGGGAAGCGAAAUAUGCUUGUGCAGGAUUAUGCUAUGGCUGUUGAAUCACUGCAGAGAGCAUGCGAACUCCUGGCAGCGAAAUUCGGUGACGAUGCGUCCCAGUGUGCCGAAGCAUUACACUAUUACGGGAAAGCCCUUCUUGAGUUACACCGUAAAGAAUCCGAUGCACUCAAUGACAUGGGAAAUCAAGAAGCUACCGAAGAUGACUCAAGUGACGAAAAUGAGGGCGAGGAGGAAGAAGAAAAGGAAACCGAAGACAAAAAGGAGGAAAAGGAGAGGGAUGGCUCGAGUGGAGAAGGAAAGACCAACAAUGAUGAUGCUGCUGGACAGGUGAUUAAAGAAGAAGGGCAGGAAGAGGAGGACCUCGAAGAGAGCGAUCCAAACACUGCUGAUAAGGAAGUCCAAGAAGCGCCCGAUGAUGAUGAGGAUAUCAGUAACCUACAGAUCGCCUUUGAAGUUCUUGAACUUGCAAAGAAAAUUUAUAAAAGGGAUGCCGAGAAAGAUCCUCAGUUAUAUCUUAAGGCUGCUGACUGCUUGCUGUCCUUAGGAGAAAUUAAUUUAGAAUCCGAUACCUAUGAUCGAGCCAUUGACGAUUUUGAGGGUUGCUUGCGAAUUCAACAGGAAAUGUUACCGCGGGAUGCGCGAGCUCUGGCCGAAACCAAUUAUCAGCUUGGACUAACCUACUCUUUCGUUAAUAAGUAUGAACAAAGUGCCGCGUAUUUUGGUGAUGCCCUUCAGAUACUGGAGCUCAAAGUAUCAAAUUUGAAAAAAAGUAUUGAUGAUGAGAAAACAAAGGGGAAGCUCAGCUCAUGUGAGGAAGACGUAAUAAAGCGCGCUGAGCAAGAGAUCGAUGAGAUCCAACAACUUUUGCCCGAGAUAGUGGCUAAAAUGGAGGAUGCUAAAGAAAUGCAGAAAGAUAAUGUACAGAGUGACAAGGAAAAAAUUAUCGGUGAAAUGAUGAACCGCCUUCCCGAAGCCAGUCCUGUUAAAAAAGAGACCAAAGUGAAUGUUAUUAGUUCGAGUUUGAUCAAGAAAAAGCGGCCUGCGGACGAAGCUAUAGACGCGACCGCGUCAUUCUCAGGUGACCAGGCCGAAAAAAAAUUUAAAACGAAUUAAAAUUGUUGGCUGCUAUUGGAAUGCGACUACUAUCAGAAUCAACAGUGUAGGAAAUGGGCAACAGCAUGUAUAUCGAAAACGGGAAAUAUGUCUAAAUAGGCGACAAGACAAAUGAAUGUAGCCAGCGGUUGUACAUAUUGGGCACAUUCUGUUUCACACAAUAAGGCUGAAAAAUAGUAAUGAUUAUUAUGAAAACAAUAAAUUGUAACCUCAGUUGACUUGUAUGCUGUAUGUAAUUUUGACAUGUUUUAUAUUAUAAUAAAAAAAAAAGUAAAUCAAUCCACCGUGUUCAAAGGUAAUGAAAUAUGCAUUUUUUCUGCAUGUAUAAUAGACAUUAACUGAAUAUACGGGCCUUUGUGUAAACACAUCGACUCUCGUAGGUCGCUUGUUUCACUUAUUCACAUUUCCAGAUUUUAUAUUUUCAAUAUUAUCAUAUAUAUUUUCAUCACAUUAAUCAGAAGAAAUUAUCAUAAUACGUUUGAAAAGAGAAUCAUCAAUAGUCUACCCUAUAUAGACGAACGAGUCACAUGUUGACUAAUUCACCAAAUAAAUGUUUGUCAGCUUUUUUGUUUUACAAUUGAAUGACCACCUGUCAUUUAUGUACAUGUGCUCAGCUGUUAAACUCCUAAUCCCAACCUUUGCGAUUUAGAUUUUUGCCUUGAAAUCAUAUUUGUACGCGUUUAUAUGUCGCUUGGAUAAUUCACCAGAUGUUCAGUGUCCAGUGUGAGUCUACAGUUACGGAAGUAGUUUGGAGCUGUCUUGCUAAUGAGGAGCAAUUAUUAUUUAUGUUGCUUAGUGGCUCGAUGUCUUCACGGUCGUAGGGUGCAGAUUGAUAAUUAACUCCAGCUGUCAAAUUCAAAAUAUAGCAUUUUCAGUAUAUAACCUCGAGAGAUUGCUCGUGAACAUCAGUGCAUUUCGGCUUCCUGACUGAGAAUUGUCCAGUUUGAUAGAAAGAUGUACGACUGGAACAUGCUAGUUCACAUUACGGAGUUUUUCUCCAUUGGAACCUGUUGUGCAGACAGUUCCUUAUUGAGUGUCAGGUGAUACCUUUGCGUUCGAGGUUUCUGUUUUCCUUGGUGAGGUAAGGUAACACAAUGGGUUAGUCACGAAAGUUAGUGACAACUAAGCUUCGGAACUUUAAUCUGCAUAAGCCAGAUUCUCCGUACGAGUACAUGAGUCAGACUACGGAAAGCGCGUCAGGCAAGGCAUCAGAUAAGCGAUGAAAAUUUGCGAGGACACGUGAAAAAAACGUGCUCUCAAGAUACAAAGGCUCUUGCGAGGAGCAUGAGCGAUUAGAUUACAUUUUAGAAUGAACGCGAAUUGUGGAUUAUUUAGUUUUUACGCAAUUCAGUACUCGAUUUUUUUCAAAUUACAAAACAUAUGGUUUUACGCCUGAGCUGUUUUCGUUCGUAAGUCCUUUGGUUUAUAACUGUUGAGUGGCAAGCAAUAUGACUGCGUUUAUGAACGCAGAGCUUGCUUUCCUCAUACAUCUUCGGUUGCUUCGGAUAUAUUACAGAUUAAUUCUAUAUAUUUAUAUAUAUAGACAAAUAUAUAUAAAGGUUAUAUUCGAAAUUCCACUUGGUAUAGCUUAAUAAGUUAUAAGCUACACCACGUGGAAUUUACAGACAAAUGCGAAGACAUAACUUAAAAUACAGACUAGUUCUUAUUUAGAAUUUCCUAAUUAUUUGAAAAAUAUUACUGUAAGAUUAGUUAUUUUUCCCUGCGAUUUAGGCUAACUAGUAUUUUUCUAUCACUGAUAGUCCAUUAUUUAAGUUACAUAAUUGUUAUGGUGAAAAGUUUUACUACCAGUGAUUCAAAGAGCUAUAUAUCCAACGAAACUCUAGCGGAGAAUAGCAUUUUUUGGCCCAUUCACAUUCAAUACUUGUUAAUUUACAACUUAAGUUUACAUGGCCCUUAACAAUGCCUCGUUUUGCAAGCUGGCUUGGGUUGGAGUGCCCCAGAACGCCGUGGCGAUGCUGAGGGAGUUUUUUCAAUGAAGCGAACUGACUUAGUUUUGUUGUUACCUGACAUAAACGAGCGCUUCACAAACGAAUCUGAUAUUGCCACAUACUUAUAUUUAGUCAUAAAUUAAUAUUACAGUUUAUUUGUAAGAUGUGAAUUAAAUUGUUUUGGAUUACGGAAUUGACGAGCUUAACCCUGAGUAAACCACAAAUGGGCUAUAAAUUGAGAAUCUAAAUCUCCCUCUGUCCUAAAUAACGACUAAUUAGAGAUACCCGAUGGUAACCCGUGUUUUUGUACGCCGCUAAUGUCGUUUUGUUCACCAACAAAACGAUGCUAUUGUGGUCGUCGACCUUGGUGUAUUUUAAGAGGGCUGUCAAAAAAUUUGGGCUCAACGAGAACUUGCGAGGUAUCGAAUCAAUGAAAUAACGCUGCUCGGGUCCGCUAGCUACGAUAGGCUCAUUUAGAACCGGCUGUAGGGAAAUCCAAUACGUAACUAACUUUAUUUACUUGGUAAUUGUGUUAACACUAAGUGAAUCGUGUUAUUGUUAUUUGUUAAUAUGAUCGUAAAUGGUUUCUAAAAUGAUUCUCUUCAUUAGUUCUCAUGCGUCACUACCCUACACAUGCUGCCAUUUAUAAAAAGCCUUUUAUCGAAUCCUACGUUAUGUUAUAUCCGCACCAUAUUUUACUUGCCAUAAACAGGUUGUUUGUUAUGCAUUAUAUUUUUUAUUCGCUUUACAGAUACAAGUUAUUUGCCCAACAAGUUAUAUUAAUAAAGUAUGAUAAUUGUCAUUGCUCCACAAGGGACAGCCUUUGUUUUCCUCUGGCUCAUGUUCCA